AAACAGCUCGUCAGUCCGUCCAAGCCCCUCCCCCAGCUAGCAGCGGUAGCUAACAAGUUAGUGGUGCUAGCAGUGGCUAAGCUACAUGCUAGCUGGCGCUUUGAGAAGAUGGCAACGGACUGGCAAACUUCAGCUAUUGAGCAAGCCCAAUUGAUAUCCAGUCGUCUCAGAGAGCUGUUAUCCACCGGGGAGGGAUAUAUCCGAUCGGAGUUUGGGGUGGAAUUGGGACUGACGCCUGAGCUGUACCCGUCAUGGGCGAUUCUCUCCGCGGCGGCCGCGGUGGGGCUACUGGUCCUGUCGUGGGCCGCGGUCUGUAGCGGACUCUUCGGUGGGAAAAAGCUAGGAGCUCCGGUUACACAAGACAGUGGUGAUUCCCUCAAGGCCCAAGUGAAUAAGAUUGUGAAGCCCGAGGCACAAAAUAAAAAGACUAAAAAGAAAUCUACUGAAAAGAAGGCUCAGUAUAAUGGACGAACAGUUCCAGAGCCUCAGGAGGAAGUGACAGAAGAAAUUACCAAACCUUCCCCAGAGAUUACAACUGAGGUGAAGAAAACCAAGAAGAAAGCCAAACCCGAGGUGAAACCAGCCAUGAGGGUUUCUGCUGCCGAUGGCAAAGAGCCUGAUGAUGGUGCGUGGGAGACUAAGGUGAGUAACCGGGAGAAGCGGCAGCAGAAGAGGAAGGAGAAGGGGCCUGACGGGUCAGGAAGCCCGGAGGGGGUGGCGGUACCUCACCGCCAGGUGGAACAGCCUCCUCUCACCACCCCGGUCAACAGGAAGAACAGAGAGCCCUUGCACCUGAGGCCUGGGAAAGGAGAUUCUUUCACGACACCAGUGUCCACCAGCUGGAGAGAGGAGCCGUCAGUGAACGGUGGAGGGUGGCCAGAUAUCUCCAUGAAGCUGCCCACCCAUAUAUGCUCUUCAGAUGGGGAGAAGUGGCCGGCCAUCCCUAAAGGACCCCGACACCUGAACUCUGAACCCACCUGGAGACAGGACACUGAAGGGUCGUGGAGUGGGGUUGAUGGGAGGAUGAAGACUGAACUAAACACAUUACCCUCUGUACUUGGACUGAAGACUAUAGAGCACAUCACCCAUCCUGCCUCUGAGCUGCAGUGGGAAUGCCCCUCUCCUUCUGAUGAGUGGUCAGGAUUAAGCAGUAUUGCAGCAGCGGACCCCAGCUCAGACUGGAACGCCCCUACGGAGCUGUGGGGGAACUAUGAGGGACCCCCGGUGGUAGAGGCCCCCGGCCCCCCGCCCCAGGACCCUGCACCCAACCACCCCCAGGGGGCACAGGGGUCAGACGAUGACAAGGAGAAGGAUGACUCUGCCGGGGGGGCUGCCAGGUCCAAGAAGAAGAAGAAGAGGAAGAAGAAAGCCGAGGAAGGUGGUCCUACAGGCCAGGUGACCUCUGACAGCAUGACAGUCACACCAGUGGAGAGUUCAGCACUUCCCCCAGCAGGGACCAAACAGUCCAUCUCCCAGCCGUCCUCACAGAAAAUAUCCGACCCGAGCUUCGAUGCUCCCAAGCCGUCCCAGAAGAAGAAGAGCCGGAAAGAGACAGGAAGUUAAGAAACAAGAACCCACAUGAAUUAUUAUGCAAAAGGAUUGUUCAAUGUGUUAUAAAUGCAAUCAAUCAUUUGCAAGUACAAACUUUUAUACAGAAUAGUUUGACUGUACUUUUUAAAUAUUCCCAAAAAAGAGAGAGAACAGCUCAUUUAGCUGGGGACUGGGGACUGGUCCUAUCAGCCUAAUCUAACCUAAUUAUACUAAAUGCUACACUGAAGUGGAAUAGGGGGUUUAGGAGGAAGGUUGUUAACUUGCGGUGAGGUAGAAGUGUGAAUUAUUCAAAAGUAGCCUGUGUACCGGAGUCCUAGCUAGCUAGCUGGUACAGUGUCGCCCCACCUCCCACCUGUGUACCGGAGUCCUAGCUAGCUAGCUAGUACAGUGUCGCCCCCACCUCCUGCCUGUGUACCAGAGUCCUAGCUAGCUAGCUGGUACGGUGUCACCCCCCACCUCCUGCUUGUGUACCAGAGUCCUAGCUAGCUAGCUAGUACAGUGUCGCGCGCCCCCCCCCCCCCCCACCUCCUGCCUGUGUGUCGCCCCACCUGUGUACCGGAGGCCUAGCUAGCUAGGUAGUACAGUGUCGCCCCCACCUCCCGCCUGUGUACCGGAGUCCUAGCUAGCUAGCUGGUACAGUGUCGCGCCCCCCACCUCCUGCCUGUGUACCGGAGGCCUAGCUAGCUAGCUAGCUAGUACAGUGUCGCCCCCACCUCCCGCCUGUGUACCGGGGUCCUAGCUAGCUAGCUGGUACAGUGUCGCCCCCACCUCCCGCCUGUGUACCGGGGUCCUAGCUAGCUAGCUAGUACAGUGUCGCCCCCACCUCCCGCCUGUGUACCGGGGUCCUAGCUAGCUAGCUAGUACAGUGUCGCCCCCACCUCCCGCCUGUGUACCGGGGUCCUAGCUUAAAUAUGGACCAAUUGAAGUAUAAAGAGGGGUGAAGAUAUGAAGUACUUAGACACCAGUAGAGACAGUAUGAGACAUGAAGUACUUCCAGACACCAAUAUGGACAGUAUGAGACAUGAAGUACUUCCAGACACCAGUAGAGACAGUAUGACAGGAAAUACUUCCAGACACCAGUAUGAGAUAUUAAGUACUUCCAGACACCAGUAUAAGACAUUAAGUACUUCCAGACACCAGUAUAAGACAUUAAGUACAAUGACACCAGUAGAGACAGUAUGACAGGAAGUACUUCCAGACACCAGUAGAGACAGUAUGACAUGAAGUGCUUCCAGACACCAGUAGGGACAGUAUGACAGGAAGUACUUCCAGACACCAGUAUGAGACAUUAAGUACUUCCAGACACCAGUAUAAGACAUUAAGUACAAUGACACCAGUAGAGACAGUAUGACAGGAAGUACUUCCAGACACCAGUAGAGUCAGUAUGACAUGAAGUGCUUCCAGACACCAGUAGGGACAGUAUGACAUGAAGUACUUCCAGACACCAGUAUAAGACAUUAAGUACUUAGACACCAGUAGAGACAGUAUGACAGGAAGUACUUCCAGACACCAGUAGAGACAGUAUGACAUGAAGUGCUUCCAGACACCAGUAGGGACAGUAUGACAUGAAGUACUUCCAGACACCAGUAUGAGACAUGAAGUACUUAAGACACCAGUAUGAGAUAUUAAGUACUUACAGACACCAGUAUAAGACAUUAAGUACUUAGACACCAGUAGAGACAGUAUGACAGGAAGUACUUCCAGACACCAGUAUGAGACAGGAAGUACUUAGACACCAGUAGUAUUGUGCUCUUCUGUGUAUUAGAGGGUUCUUAUCUUAACCUCUUUUCUUCCAUCCUAUCUGGUGGGAAAAGGCCGUGCCAUAUGUACAGAACACAAGGGCUUUUCCUAAUGUGUCAUUUUUCUGGGAUUGAUUGCACUGUCAGGCUGGAUCCUAUAUGUUAUCUUUGUCUUUUCAUGAUUGUUUUUUAAAAAGACCGUUUAGCAGAAUGUGAAGGUGUAAUUCCUGGUUGUGACUUUAGAUGGAAGUCGAUGUGCUGAUAAGGGAGAGGUGGCUGGGGUGGGGAGGUACUGAAGAUGAGACGUCGUGUGGAGCAGCUUUAAUUCCAUGUCAGUAAUUUUAAAGGUAUCAGGAACUGAAUUGUAUUGCCUUAACCUGUAGUAUAUUAGUAUGUGCAUUUAUUUACAUCUCUUUUGUGAUCGUUUUCAGAUCAAGGGCUGGGGGGUUACCACAUCCAUCCAAUUGCAAGUUUGGUUCUAAAAAAAUGCAUUUAGUCUCUUGACUGACGACCGUACUCAUACAGUAUGGUUUAAAGAAUGGGUGGGUUACUACUUCUGAUUGGUACUUUAUCACUCACUGUAUAUAGCCUUGAAUGAGCAGAAGGACUGGGCUUGAAGAUUGAGGGCUGACAGCCUGCCUACGCUUUAGCUGAAGUCAAAUGGACUGUAUUAUUGGUAGCUUUUGAGUGUGUAAAGAAGAGCGUUGCCGAAUGGAGGCUCUUAGCUCAGUGUUUUACAGCCCAUAGUUCUCUGUAGACUAGAUCAGUCAAGUCUGGUGGCGCUGCACUCACCUGACUCUCUCUGUUGAUCAUUAACCUUUUUAAAAGAUGAUUCAAUCAUGUAUUUAUACCUUCUCCUUUAGAAGAAUGAAUUAAGAAUGAUUUUGUUUAUGAAGAAAUGCAAUGAUUUUUCAAGGUUUGUUGAAAUAAAACAAUAUAACUCCUAA